UUGCACUUGUAAAUAGUUAAUAGUGUUUUAGCCUACACUCAGAUGUGAACUCAUUCUUGCAUGCGGGGGUCUUGAAUCAAAAAAAUAAAUACACAGGGAAGACAUUGAAAUUGCAGGUCGUUCCAAGUGCAGUGUAAAAAUGCCUAAUCUGUCGGUAGUGGGGAUUGACAGCUAUUCUGUGAAAUAUGUCUUGUGUGUGUUUCCUUCUUUAUGUGGAAAGCAGCAGACCCCAGACACCAUUUCAAUCAUGGUUGAAGAGGAUAUUGGUGGAGGCUUCCCCGCCCUAGAAGACGUCAAUGACAUCACAGACUGCAGCACGCAGCGCGGCGCCACCUCGGAGAGUCUGCGUGUGGACGCCCCUGGCUCCUCCCACAUGUCAAGUCACAGCGGGGAGUUGCGCAUCCUGACCGUUUACGGACAAUGGGAGGGCCCACUGGCGGUGAACGUCCAUAACACCCUUUUUGCCGCGUCAGAACCGGAGGCCUUGAGCUCGCUGUCCGCUGACCACAGCGUGGCCAAGAGCCUGAACUGCAGCGUGCGGCUCGUCCGCCUUGAGGAGCUGACUCGGCAUCAGGGCGGCCGCAAGGGCCGGCCCGGUGUCUUUUGUGGAAAGGUUAUUCCCAACAAGGCCAAUAUGAUCGUCCACAUGAGGACCCACAACGACGAGAAGCCCUACAAAUGUGACAAAUGCACAAAGCGCUUCAGUGAUAGCUAUGCCCUGAAGAUCCACAUGCGAACUCACUCUGGGGAGAAGCCCUACAGGUGUGACCAAUGCAUGAAGUGCUUCAGUCUGAAAGGCACCCUGAAUAAACACACGAGAACUCACUCUGGGGAGAAGCCCUACAGGUGUGACCAAUGCAUGACGUGCUUCAGUCUGAAAGACACCCUGAAUAAACACAUGAGGAGUCACUCCGGGGAGAAGCCCUACAAGUGUGAGCAAUGCAGUAAGCGCUGCAGUCGGAGAGAUGCCCUAAAUAUCCACAUGAGGACUCACUCCAGCGAGAAGCCCUACAAGUGUGACCAAUGCAUGAAGUGCUUCAGUCUGAAAGACACCCUAAAUAUCCACAUGAGGACUCACUCCGGCGAGAAGCCCUACAAGUGUGACCAAUGCCAGAUGCGCUUCAGUCAGAAUAACAUCCUGAAGAACCACCUGAGGACUCACACCGGCGAGAAGCCCUACAGGUGUGACCAAUGCCCGAAGUGCUUCAGUCUGAAAGGCCACCUGAAGACCCACAUGAGAACUCACUCCGGCGAGAAGCCCUACAAGUGUGACCAAUGCACGAAGCGCUUCAGUCAUGGCUGCAACCUGAAGAACCACCUGAGGACUCACUCUGGCGAGAUGCCCUACAAGUGUGACCAAUGCACGAAGCGCUUCAGUCGGACAAGCAGCCUGAAGACCCACAUGAGGACUCACUCCGGCGAGAAGCCCUACAGGUGUGACCAAUGCACGAAGUGCUUCAGUCUGAAAGGCAGCCUGAAGAUCCACCUGAGGACUCACUCUGGGGAGAAGCCCUACACGUGUGACCAAUGCACGAAGUGCUUCAGUCUGAAAGGCAGACUGAAGAUCCACCUGAGGACUCACUCUGCGGUGAAGCCCUACAAAUGUGACCAAUGCACGAUGCGCUUCAGUCAGAAAGGCACCCUGAAGAUCCACCUGAGGACUCACUCUGGGGAGAAGCCCUACAAGUGUGACCAAUGCACGAUGCGCUUCAGUGUGAAAGGCAACCUGAAGAUCCACAUGAGAACUCAUACCGGCGAGAAGCCCUACAGGUGUGACCAAUGCCCGAAGGGCUUCAGUCUGAAAGGCACCCUGAAGAUCCACAUGAGGACUCACUCCGGUUAGAAGCCCUGCCUGUUAGUGCAUUGCAACGCCAGCUACAGCGACCCAAGCAAUUUGAGUGUGCACAUGCUCAAGCACACGGGCAAUGGGGUGCUUUCACACAGGGUAACGGGGCGCUUUGAUUGAGAGCUCUGUCCGGUAUUUGUCGAAAUUAAUGCUUUUAGUUUUUCUUUUCAUCAGGAUUAAACAUUUUCCAGCUUUUGA